AAUGGGAGGGGAAGCAGCUGCUACCUAGUCCAUUUCCAGUCCAGCCUCUGCUUCUUUUGCUCAGUUCGCACACACACACACACACACACACACACACACACACACGUUUUGGUGGAGCACAUCAACCGGACAACAAAGGGACGCACAGUGGGGGGGUCGGCACACUGCAGCCAGGACAGGAUCACACGUUACCACCAUCCAGUGUCAGCCACCAGCGCACUGAACUCUUUUAUUUUUCUUCCACAUCUACUGGGAAAUAAAGCAUCAGUCAGUCUGGAGGUGACCGUCACAGAAGCGUUAAGUGCUCGCCUAGACAGCACAGCCGUACUUGUAAGCCUCGGCAGCGAGAUGGAGAUGGAGCACUUCGACGACCGGGACAAAGGUCACAGACACAGCCGCUCCAGCGCCAAGAUGAACGGGGUACCGAGCCCGACGCACAGCGCCCACUGCAGCCUGUACCGGACCCGGACCUUGAAGACUCUGACCGCGGAGAAGAGAGCCAAGAAGGUCCGCUUCUACCGCAAUGGAGACCGGUACUUCAACGGGAUAGUGUACGCCAUCUCCACAGACAGGUUCCGGACCUUUGACGCACUGCUGGCGGACCUGACCCGCUCCCUGUCCGACAACGUCAACCUGCCCCAGGGCGUCCGGACCAUCUACACCCUGGAUGGCUCCAAGAAGAUCACUAAUAUUGACCAGCUGGUAGAAGGUGACAGCUAUGUGUGCAGCUCCAUUGAAGCUUACAAAAAGUUGGAUUACACAAAAAACGUGAACCCCAACUGGUCGGUGAACGUCAAAGCCUCGGCGGCGUCCUCCCGUGGGCCUCCUUCCCUGGGCAGUGCCAAAGCCGGGGCCCCCGAGAGCCGCGAGAUCAAGGACUUCAUACGGCCAAAGCUUGUGACAGUGGUGCGGAGCGGAGUGAAGCCCCGCAAAGCUGUGAGGAUCCUUCUCAACAAGAAAACUGCUCAUUCGUACGAACAAGUCCUGACCGACAUCACUGAUGCCAUCAAGCUGGACUCUGGAGUGGUGAAGAAGAUCUACACGCUGGAGGGCAAACUGGUGUCAUGUCUGCAAGACUUCUUUGGCGAUGAGGACAUUUUUGUGGCGUGUGGACCGGAGAAGUUCCGCUACCAAGAUGACUUGAUGCUGGAUGAGAGUGAGUGUCGCGUGGUGAAGUCUGUAAACUAUGGGAAGAUGUCUGGCUCUCUGACCCGAGGCUCCCCUAGGACCGUCAUCCAAUCACGACGCAGCAAGUCCCCUGCAUCCGUUAACGGGACGCCGGCCAGUCAGUUGUCCACUCCUCAUUCGGGAAAAUCUCCCAGCCCCUCCCCGACCAGUCCAGGCAGCCUCAGCCGACGCCAGGAAAAGGACAAAGCCGUGACUGAGCAUAGGCCAACUACAUCUUAGAGUCGCUAGAAUAUGAAGACACCACAACAUCCCAACAUCUUUAGGGUCUCAGAAGGGGGUGGGGCUUUGACCUUUGACCUCAUUCUGUGCUGCUCUGCGAUUCCAAGAAUGGCAGGCUCGUGUUAGGAUCCUCUAAUGUUACAACUUUUAUUCAGUGUUAAUAGAUUUCUAGGGCAAUUCCUCCUUUCAUGCUGAUUUUCUGUCACGUCCCCACAUAUGCUAAACCCGUAGCUCUUUGUCCCUCAUGGAGAACUCUAUCUUCCUUUGGUAGCUAAACAAUGAACUAUGCUAUCACUGACUUUUAGAGAUCUGUGAGUCGGUAAUUUGUGCAAUAUCUGAUCUAAAGAUGAGACUGAUGAUUGGCUUUGCCCGCUCCAAAAAUUGGUUUGCAUCCUCUGUUAGCCACCAAGCAGUGAAAAAAAUAGGACCCAAUCAGUACCAACGGCUGAUCUAGGAUUACUUUUUUUUUUUAUCAAGUCAUGUCAUUUUGUGCAUGUCCUUUUUGUGAAAAGAAUUUAGAAAAAAAACAUUUUAUACUAGUAAAUCAGAUUAUUUCAGCCAUUGUUUCUUUUUUUUUAUCAUAUAUUGUGUCAUUGGCUGGGGUUUAAAAAAAUCCUUGUUAAAACAUCUAAACCAAGAAUCCUAAUCUGUUUUCUGUAGCAAACAGGGAAGAAAGAGGAUCUGUCCUGACAUGCAAACACACUAUGUACACUGUAAAGCUGGUACUAGAAAAAAUACUGUGCAGAGAGGGAGCAUGCAACUCAAAUGGAAAACCUUGAAUUCCACAUUAGAGAGGUUGAGUUCAUGUGCAUGGUGUUGUGUGUGUGUGUGUGUGUGUGUGUGUGUGUGCAUGUAUAUAUGUGUAUGUGUGUGUUCAAGUAUUUGUUAAUCCAGCACUUGACAGUGAUGAUGGUGAGCUUUUAAUAUCAGCCUUGGUUCUAAUCAGACCAUGUUUUCUCACAGCAGCUCUUUAAUUCGCAGGAGCCUCUAAGCCUGCCGCUGAUUUACUUCCUUCUCCCUCGUAAACAAACAUCCGCACGCGCUCAGUUCACCUCACCCUCUCACGUUCACAUACAGACGCAGCAGUAUAUGCGAACCUGUCAUCCAUUCAUAUCGGCUCCCACCUGCACGUGUUUUCUUGUGUUUUUCUCGAGCCUGCUGUCUGAAACUGCUUGUGUAUACCACUUUUCUACCUGACGGCGGGGGUGUAGCUAUGAUGCUAUUUAUUGGCGCAGGCGCAAGGCUUUUUUUUUUAAGGAAGAAAAGGCAAGAAUGUUGGUUGGAGUCAAUACCUUUUAAUAGUACAGAAAGAAUGGAUUGUGCAUUGCUGCCUGUAUGAGGGAUACGCAUAAAUUAGCAUAACAUAAAGAAUUCAAUUUUUUGGGCUCACUAGCUUCAGUCUCGUGCUACAUUUGUUGUGCCGGAACAAAUUAAUGGAUGGUGGAGAGUCUGGCCCUUAGGCUUCUGAAUCCAUCACUGCUGAGGUUAUAUUGAUGUGAUAUGAAGGUCUGCCAGGGCAACAGGAACAGAUCACAUUUGGGUUAUAGCUACUCAGAACAGAACACUGGCGCUUCCACAGUUAUCUGUAUUGUGGAAGUGGGUCAACAAAGAUUUCUGUGUUGAAAAGGAAAGAGUCUCUGAAUGAAUACGUGCAGGGCAAUUAAUGCACACAAUUACAGUGCUCAGUUUCUGCUGCUCUGUUCUUUCCUUCCAGAUAAUUUUCACACUGUCAGAGAGAGAUCCGGAAAAAAAACAACAACAGGGGUUAGAGAGGUGAAAGAGGACUAACCAGAUGUUAUGAGGAAAAGGGGAAAGAGAAAAUCCUCUCCACAUUCAACCACACACUGCCUGCCUUUUGCCUCUGUACACUUUUCUCAUCAAACAUUCACAAAAUUUAAGCUUUGUAGUGCAGUUCUGACCUCACUGCAGUUAAAUUCUAGUUUUACAGAGUUUCACAAGAUGAGUGUGUAUUUCUCAAUGAGAGAUUACUCCGGCCUUUGUACUGGCUGACACUCUAUACUAAGCCUGCGAUGGCUUGGCUAGAAGGAAGGGAGAACGCCUCACAGCCCAUUAUCUCUCCUCUCCACCGUGCAGCUUCAUACUCUUCAGCUAUAUGACGAUGUAAUUCUCUCUUACUGUUAGCAAUUCUCCCUCUGUCCCUUCCCUCCCUGACAGUUUCUAAUUUCUCUUUCCCUCUGCCCCCCCAAUUAUCACCAUCCCCCCUCUCACUUCCUCAUCCGAAAGGGUAUUAACUUCAGAGGGAGUACAUUAUAUUCCAUCAUUUCCCUUGUAGAUGAAUUCUAAGCUUCUUUAGGAAGUAGGCACCAAGUUUCUGACACUAUUUUUGCACAUCCUUUCUCCUUCUGUGUCACCUCUGUAUACGUGCAUGAAUAAUCAUAAAUGUACCUUUCUCGCUCGUACGCCUCAAAUGCAUAAGUCAAUUUAACCAAACCAUGACUCAGAAAUGACAAUUUUCCUUAAAUGGAAACCUGAAUUUUAACAUCUGUCCUUAAAAGAACACCUGAAGGCUCAAAAAUGACUAAAAUCUUUUUUUAAAUUUCAGCCAGUAAAGCAUUGAAAGGCACCAUAAAUUCAUUUCCUAAGCAGCCAUAGAGCCUCACUGACCUACUACGAGUACUGCAUUUAAAUAGUUCACCCCGCUGGACCCUGCAUUUAAACACUUAGAGGCACUUUGCUGCCUGAUGUAGGUUGCUCGCGCAGCUUAGACCAUCACAACCUAUUUCCCCGAGCAGAAUAUACAGACAUAGCAUUGCACUAUGGCUUUCUCCUCUCCCGCUCACACAUACAUAGCUGCAAGCACACAUCUUCAUAUAAAUUGCACACAGUCAUGUAUGCUUCAGAAAAACACUUUUAUACAUGAAAUUCCCAUUUGUGCACAAACGGUAGACAGUUAGCUUGAUACAUACUACAAAUGCAUGUCAUAUGUUUUAUAUAUUUGGUGCACGCUAGCGUGACCCGUUUUUAUGAGUUAGCAACAGAAGCACGAAAGAAUGGUCUACAUUCAUGAAACCAUCCAUCCCCCCCUCUCCUCCUUUGCACUUCUAAUAGUCCUUCCAGGGCCACUUGCCUCACUGAGAGCACCCUAGCUUUCCAUAUUCAUAUUGUUUUAAUAUUUUAUAUGAACUCUACAGACACAAGCAUCCAUGCAGACACACACCCCGGGUAUAUUGUGUUUUCACUCCCCCAAACAUACAGAUGAAUCAGAUGAGCUGGUAAGGUCAAAGCUUUUGUCUUUGUUUGUGAAAAACACAGACAGGAAAAUAAAUCCUAAAAAAAAAAAGACAAUAUGCAGAGCAGUGACUGACAGAUUGAAGGAAAGAGAAACAGCAGGUCUAUGAUACCAAUACAGCUGCUGUGAUACAGCAAGGUAGCUGCUUGUGCGAGUGUACGAAGAAAGAAAAGUGCUAAUUGUCAACCGUAGUAUGUCACCUACAUCCUCCUCUCAACAUUGAGUCAUUCGUGUCCAUAAUCCAUUGAAUUGCAUGCUCCAUCUCUUAUUAUUACUGUCCAUAUUUUGUGUUGGGUGAUUCAUAAUUAAAUUAUGUUUGUGAGUGUAUAUGUGUGUGUGAGAGAGAACGAAAGCAGACUGAAGGACAUUGUGUGUAUUAUAAACUUGUUAAUUAUUGUCUUAUCUCAUCCAUGUGAGUGUGGCGUUACUAAAGAUUGUAUUUGUUAUUUGACUGUAUUAUAUUUCCUUUUUCAUGUUGUGUUGAUGUCUUUAGAUGUCCAAUUCUUUUUUUUUCUUUACCUGCCAAAAAGACUGGCUCCAGCACAUGAGGAAACUGUUGAAGAUGCAGUUUUAAAGCUUAAACAUUGUUUGUUGAACAUUGUAUCCCUUCAUAUUGUUAAAUAUAUUGUUCAAUGAUUCAAAUCCGGCUCAUAUUUAACUAUCUUUAAUACAUUUAAAAAUUGGUAACAUCACAUUUUGCAGAGGGCUUCAGGUUUUUUUUUUUUUGCACUGCCAUUUACAAUUGUCUGUGUGCUCCACUCACAGGCAAGUUAUAUUUGACAACCUGGUCCAUCAUCUACUUGUGAUUUUUUCAUGGAAGGCUGCCAGCUCUUCUUGGCUCAUUUGUUUCUGUUUGUAUUUUCUUUGCUUAAUGUAUUAAUUUCCAUUUGUUGAUGUCCAUUAAAUUCAUUGUCAUUUCAUUUUCA